AUGAACUCCCUCAAACAUGUAUCAGCUCCUCCCGCCGUUUCAACCCUGCUGCACGAAACCCCCCCCCAUCCAACCCACCCCGUCAUCUCGCUGUACUACCGAGAUGUCUUCACCCUGCGCCAAUAUUUACUACGCCGCUUGCCCCUUUCCUCCAAACUUCGCCGACGCCGUAUCGCCUCUCUAGGUGUUGUUGCUUCCGACCCGGCAGCCACUAAUGAUCCCAUCUCCCAUCCAUUGGUUGAUCUACUCGAUACCACACUGGUCGGCGUGUUAAAGCAGCCCUCGCCGAAACUCGCCUCCGAACGCCAACAGGCCUAUUGCGCCUUCACCCAGUCCCAAUCGCGCUCCAUUCUCGUGGGCACGGACACUGGACCGCUCGUUGACUAUGUGAUAUCAAACAUCUUCGGAGAUCAAUCUUCUUAUCGCGGUCCGCAGCAUGUGCUGGCGCAUGGCUUCCAACACGCGAGCGAGAAUUCGGUCGAUAGUGGUAUUCCUGGUGUAGCCAUCCAAUUCCCUAACCGAAAUGUACAGGCAUUGAAGCAGACGCCAUGGGCGGAUGUUCUGGGACUGCUGGGUCAGAAUGGGGAGGAAAUUAUGAUUCAUCUCCUACUUGACUGUGGUAUCUUUGUUCCUUUGGAUGCGUCAAAGGGCAUUUUUUAUCAACUAAGCGGAGUCCCAUUAUCGGGCUUGGAGAAAAUCCACAAUUUGACUUCAACGGCCAAUAAACCAACGGCAGUUCUCGGGUCGCCGAAAAUCAAGCAUCAAGGUCUCGGUGGUCGCGUCAAGAGACGUUCCCCAAAUACCAUCAUCUUCCCCCGUCGCCGUGUUCUUUAUUGUAGACUAGCCGGUGGCUCAAAGCAGAAGUUACCCUUUGGGCUUGGAAGCAGUCAUGUUCUCAAUCGCUUCUCAUCCUUGGAAUCGACCAAUGAGACGAUCCAUUUCAUGAAAUACCUUUUCCCUCGACAGUUCGGCUUGGACAAUGUCCUCGCCGUCUCGGCCGACCGCAGUAACAACAACCAAACACAGAGUCACGAGUUCCGUGAAAAUGAAAUUUCCAAACGCGACGAUCACCGAUACCAUCGGCUGUCGGACCCUGCGCAGGAUCGCACGCCGGCAAUUACCAGAGAUCAACUAUCUACAAAACUUCCUAAGCGCCUCCGAGGCCAAGUUCUAGCGUUGACUCAAAAACUCCGAGUCCGCCACGCUCGAUGUUCGUAUGGUGCGCUGCUUCAGCACUAUUGUCCGGCUGAUUCAAAUGGACCUUGGAGACUUCCUGCCUGCCCUGAGAAUAAAGAACCGGCGUCUUCUACAGAAGAGGCCUUGGUUACACAACCUCAGUCUAAAUCACCGGCGACGACUAAACUUUCUCUCAAACCUGAGCCCAAUAAUUUGACAUUGCAUCCCCGCGACACGAUUGGUCCGAAGAAUCAGGAGGAGAAACAAAAUCAUCAGUCACUGCAGCGGCCCAGAUCCAGUGUUACAGACUAUGCGACCCCUGCCGCAGCUGUCUCAGCCUUCUGUCGGGCUGUGCUGCAGAAGCUAUUGCCUAGACAGUUCUUCGGAGAUGGAGUUGAAGGCGAGACAAAUCGCCGCAUUAUGCUGAAACAUGUUGAUUCGUUUAUCAAGAUGCGUCGAUAUGAGAAUAUCAGCCUGCAUUCCGUAUGCAAGAACAUCAAGGUCACCACAAUCCCCUGGCUGAUACCACCCAACCUGCAAGACCAAUAUGCCGAGACCAAGCGAAAGAUUUCCCUGUCGGAUUUUCAGAAACGCACAGAGCUACUGCAUGAGUUUGUGUACUAUGUCUUCGACUCGAUCGUCAUUCCCCUCAUUCGCACCAACUUCUACGUCACGGAAUCUCAAACCCACCGUAACCGACUUUUCUUUUUUCGCCAUGAUGUUUGGCGGAAUUUGAGUGAACAGCCGUUGGCAGAUCUCAAAUCAAAGACUUUUCAGAAAAUAGACCCAGAACCAGGCCCAGGUCAGCAAAGAAAACAAUAUCUUGGAUAUGGGUCGCUUCGCCUACUCCCAAAAUCAACGGGUGUGCGGCCGAUCCUUAAUUUGGGAAAGAAGGUCCUCCGGGAGUACAUCAAAAAUGGGAAGAAAAGGGCGUAUUUCGUUUCCAUCAACAGAACUAUUACUCCGAUAUCCAAUAUGUUGAUGUACGAGCGCCAGCGAGAUCCCAAAAAGGUCGGGUCUUCUCUGAUAUCUAUGGGCGACUUGCAUCCGCGCCUAAGGGCUUUCAAAGACGGCCUUGAUAGUCGUUCGCCCACCUUGCACACCAGAUCCACCGCCUUGCCCAAGUUGUAUUUUGUGAAAUUGGAUAUCCAAGCCUGUUUCGACAACAUUCCUCAGAAGCGGCUUCUACGUCUCAUCACAGAUUUGGUCACAGAGGAAUCCUAUCGGAUCACCAAGCAUGUUGAAAUCAAGCCGUCGGUAAAUGGAGCCCAGGGUAAACCAUUUCGUAAAUGGGUAGGCCGUGCCGCACCUCUAAAGCAACAACAACAUCUGCCCGAUUAUCUUGCCAGUGUGAAUCAAAUUCAAAAGCCAAACACAGUCUACGUCGAUGACACGGAACAAAAGGUCCAAGAUGCUGACUGGCUCUUGAAUCUCCUGGAUCAACAUGUUCAAAACAACCUGGUCAAGAUCGGCAAAGAGUACUUUCGACAGCGAAACGGCAUUCCCCAAGGCUCCGUUUUGUCCAGUUUACUUUGCAAUUUCUUUCUAGCCGACCUGGAACACAAUUCUCUAGAAUUUCUGCAGCCCGCAAACUCCCUCCUCAUGCGAUUCGUCGACGACUUCCUACUCGUCACUACGGAUGUCAACCAAGCAACGCGAUUCCUACACACCAUGCUACACGGCCACCCAUCCUACGGCGUCGUAGUCAAUCCAUCCAAAAGCCUAGUCAAUUUCACAGCAUCAGUGGGCGGCACACACAUCCCCCGUCUGGAAGGAUCAACCCGAUUCCCAUACCUGGGCUGUUUAAUCGACACACAUACGCUAGAAAUCCACCAAGACCAAGACCGCGCUCUGGAAGGCGGCGAUCUCGCCGCCACCGCCCUUUCAAACUCCUUAACCGUCGAGACUAGCGCUCUACCGGGCCACACUUUAAGACGGAAGGUCCUCGCUUCUUUCCGUCAGCAGAUGCAUCCCAUGUUCAUCGACGACAGGCAUAAUUCCCGCGCUGUCGUUCUUGGAAAUCUAUACUCGCGGUUUGUCACUGUCGCGAUGAAAAUGUACCGCUACAUGAAAUCUCUACAAGGUCGGUCUCAUCCCAAACCGCCCAUCAUCAUCCAGACCAUUCACACCCUCAUGCUCCGGGCGUUUGCGAUCAUCGAGGAGCACCGCUCGUCCUCCGGGCCAGGGCGAACGCCAACCGCGACUGCCACUGCCACUGCCACUGCCACUGCGACACUGUCCUGUUUUGUGAAAUUCUCACAUGUGAGGUUCCUGGCGGCGUCGGCUUUCCGCUUUGUGUUGAAGCGGAAGCAGACGCGAUAUGGGGCGGUGUUGCAGUGGUUGGACGUGCAGUGGAGGGAUUCGAGGCCGAUUACGGAUCGUGAGGCUGUGAAUAUGGGACUUGUUGUUCAGAAAGGGAAUGCUCUGUUUGAAAACUGGCGCUUUUAG